AUGGCUCCCCUAGAUACAUCAGCAACUUCAUCAAAAAAGACAAAUCAAUCCUCUUCCAAAACCUCCAAGUCAUCACAAGCAAAGAAGAACAAGAAGGAAUCACAAUCUGCAUCAACCUCAACACCACGACAACCAGAUGAGAUUGAAGAAGCCGACACAACAGUACCAGUAAAGACAUUCACACCAAAACAAAAGCAAAAGCAAAAGCAAAAGCAAAAACAGGUCGAGUCAUCAGAGGAUAACGAUACCGACGAUGCCGAGAGCGUGUAUCUAUCAUCAGACGAAGAGACUUCGUCCGAGGAAGACUCAUCGGACUACGACUCAGACUCAGACGGAAGCGUGGAAGAUUUGCCGCCUCGACAACUAGCAAGGAGAUCAACAGACCGAGGCGUCAAAAGCACUCCAGGUUCACCAUUCACGAUCACACAAACUCGAAGCGAAACUACCCGUUGGAUAACAACCGAAAACAAUGGUGGCAUGACCCGUGGUACAAGAAGUUAUAGUGAGCAGACGACCAUGCAGGGCCAUAACACAAACGGGCCGCAGCGAGCACCCAUCAACAGGAACAGUGUUAGCUUUAACAUGAGCAUCAAUGUCGACAUGUCGUUCAACGGCCUUGUAACAGGCCGAAACCUGGGUUUCUCAGGGGGAUCAUUAUCGUACGCAUGGAAUCGGCGCAGCACACAGGGGGGCUGA